UUCCGGCGCAGACAGCAGUGAGUGCAGACCCUCUCUCCUCACUGCUGCUCUCCCUGACUUGCCCCUGCAGACGGCCCGGUUGAGCUCUCAGCUCCCGCCUCUGCAAUGGCGGCAAGAAGGAAGCGGCCCACGGAGUCUGCUCCUGACGACGGGGACGGAUGGACCCGCGUGCAGAGCAAGCGGGCCCGAAGGAGGACGCUUCACGAGGACGGCGGGGAGGACCGAUCGAGCGGACCCCUGCCGGAGUGGAGGCUGGUGUCUUCGGACUUCAGCACCCACUACCAGGCCAUUCGGUGGAUGGAGGACGAGCGGAAGCUGCGACUCCGGGUGACGGUCUCCCGCGCGGGGGACUUCCUCAUCCGUGCGUGGGACUGGGACCACGCCACCACCCUGGACGAGAUUGCUGCUGGACGGACCCGCGGCAUCACCCUGGAGAAAAAGGAGGCGGCGGUGAAGGGUGUCCUGCUUGGAUACCCAACCCACCUCCCAUUGGACCCGGUGUUGGCGCACCCCUGCGUUGCAGCUGCAGUGAGGUGCCACUACAACGCCGGCCACGGACGACGCCUGCCCACCCGGAGCGUGCAGCUGACGCUGCGGGGACGUGUCCCCGCCUCGCUGGACCUCGGAUGCUGGGGACGUUUUACCUGCCGCCGCUAUGUGCCGGAGCCUGUGCGCUGUUACAAGUGCCAGGCUUUCGGCCACAGGCAGCGGCAGUGUACCAGGACGGAGGAGCUGUGCGGCGUGUGCAGCAGGGACCACGCCACGAGGGACUGCGUUCGCCGCCUUCGGGAAGGUGUGGCGCGCCCGGUGGCUGUGUGCCCGAACUGCAGUUCCGGGCACCAUGCCUGGAACCGCAGGUGCCCCGCUCGGCUCUGCAGAAUCCCGGGUGCCAAGCUGCGGAGGACGACGUCUUCGGCGGACCCGGCAGCAGCGCGGCCCAUGCAGCCGCCCACGGAGGAGAGGACGACACCCCACGGAGAAGGACGGAAGAGGAGGCGCCGCAGACGGAGGAGGAAGCCGGGACCCACGGAGCAGAGCGUCCCGACACCAAAGUCUCCCGCUAGGGAGAUGGAGGUGGACCCACCACGCCUGACGAGGACGGAGACGGCAGCGGUGACCGCUGAGGUGACACCCCCAGCUGUGUCCCCGGAGGUACCCGCCAGCAAGAAGAAAAAGAGGACCAGGGACCAGACACCUGAGACGAGGGACGCGCCGACGACUACGGAGGAGCCAGCACCCCGCGAGGCCCCCAGUAGCUGCCAGGCGACCCAGACCCCACGGAUCUACACCUACAGUGAGGGCGAGCUGGUGGAUCUUCUGAUCCGCUACGAGCACCUCACUGAGCAAGAGGAGGAGGCCAGGUUCGAGAGGAUCCCGCACGAGACAGCCCUCCCCCUAGUGAGGAGGGCACUCCGUGAAGGGAAGCCGCUCCCUGAGUCCAUCCGCACGGCCCGCCCACUGGAUAACCUACCAAGCCACUUCGACCACAAACAGGAGGUUGAGUGGGCGACAUACGAGGAGGAUGCCGUCUCGGAGGAUGAUGUCGAUGUCGUAGAAGUGGACGACGACUUCUUCCUCAACGAAGACAGAGACCUCACCGACGCGGAGCUUGAAAGCUACUACGCCGGUGACCAUUGAAUAAAAAGACAUCUCCCCCCACGUGUAAUUCUGUGAACUUUGUAUCAAAUGUAAUGUAUGUACUGUACAUCGGGCAGGCUGCUUGUUUAGAGCCUGCUUUGGUAGCUGAUUAUUUUUGUAAUUUUUCAUGUUUAUUUUUUCUGUAAUUCUUAUGUAAAGGUUACCAAUAAACUAUU